CUCACAAACAAGGCUCUUAGUAGUAGCAGUCAGACAGAAUUAGAAAACCGGCUUCAUCAGCUGACAGAAACACUAAUUCAGAAGCAAACCAUGUUAGAAAGCCUGAGCACAGAGAAAAACUCCCUUGUCUAUCAACUGGAACGACUUGAGCAACAGCUGAAGGCUGUCCAAGGCACUAGUGCUAAUGGACCUUCCAUUAAUAUGGCAGGAAUUGACAGUUCUGAAGGUGCUCGUAUGCGGAAUGUUCCUGUCCUGUUUAGUGACACGGAUACAAACAUGGCAGGAAUGUAUGGGAGAGUUCGCAAAGCUGCCAGUAGUAUAGAUCAGUUUAGCAUUCGGCUAGGAAUCUUUCUAAGGCGAUAUCCCAUAGCAAGAGUCUUUGUGAUCAUUUACAUGGCAUUGCUCCAUCUCUGGGUCAUGAUUGUUCUACUUACCUACACCCCAGAAAUGCAUCACGACAGUCCCAGUGGCAGAUAGACAGAGACAGGACCACGUGCUGUGUAAUGACAUUCAGACCGGCAGUGACUUUAGCAUCAUCAAUCCUGAAAUAUCAGCAAACCUUUCCUUAUGGUGUUUAGGAAGAAUGAAAACCAUCAUGCCUGAUUUAUCACUACUUUUCAAAUACAUGUAUAAUACUACAUAGCUUUUUCAAUUUACCUAAAAGAGCAUCACUUUCCUGGAGAAAUAAAGCUAUUAAGCUAAGCUAUGGUUAGCCUUUACAUUUUACGUAGACCUUCUC